ACAUAAACAAAGUUUAGGUUGGGAAAAAAGUAUUAAAAUCAAAUAAUUAUUUAGCGGGUUUAAAAUUACCACUUACCCCUCUUCCAAGUUUAUGGAGUGUUUGCAAUAUGCGGCUUUCAAACACCGUGAGCAGCGUCGUAAGGACCCUAAAGAAUCACCUUAUGUGAAUCAUGUGAUAAAUGUGAGCACUAUUUUGUCCGUGGAGGGUUGCAUCACAGAUGAGGCGGUUCUGAUGGCUGCCCUGCUCCACGAUGUGGUAGAAGAUACUGAUGCUACUUUUGAGGAUGUGGAGAAACUUUUUGGAAAAGAUGUUUGUGGUCUUGUGCGCGAGGUAACCGACAACAAGUCCCUGGAAAAACAGGAAAGAAAACGUCUACAAAUAGUGAACGCACCUAAAACUAGCUGCAGGGCCAAGCUAAUUAAACUGGCUGACAAGCUGGAUAACUUGCGGGAUCUACAGGUCAAUACGCCAACGGGUUGGACGGAGGAACGUCGAGAGCAGUACUUCGUGUGGGCCAAACAAGUGGUGGACAAUCUGCGGGGCACCAAUAUAAACCUGGAGCUUAAGUUGGACGAAAUUUUCCGUCAACGUGGUCUAUUGUAAACCCAAAAUCCAAUUAAUUACAAAGGAGCAUUUUUAA